UCUAUCUCUAAACAACUCUCAUCACUUUCCUCUCCCUGUCUCUUUUCUUUGUCUCUCUUCUUCUCUUUCAUCUCAAAUGUGGAAUUUCUUCUUCUUAUUUUUAUAAAUUUUCAUUCUUUUUCUCACUAUCACAAACUGGUGAAUUUGGAGAAGUUUGAUUUGUGAAAUGAACAAAGGACAGUCACCUGAGCCGCUUGAUUUCUUCAUCUGGACUGUUGAGGAUGUUGGCUUGUGGUUAGAGACUAUAAAUCUUGGUAGCUAUCGGCAAAUUUUUAAGGAAAACGGUGUUAAUGGAGAAUACUUGGAAGGGAUGUCUAUGUUCACGACUGAACAGAUCCUUCGAUUCAUAAGACGCUGUCACAUGAAGUGGGGAGACUUCAUCACCUUGUGCAAGGAAUUGAGACGGAUUAAAGUGGCUUGUUUGAAAGGGGAGCAAAAAGUGCGGCGGCCGUGGUGGGCACCGGCAUGUCUAUCAACAGUGUUCUUAAAGGUUGCAAAAUCCAACAGACAAUCAAGAGUUGUAUCCUUGAAGCUUGAACCAUGAUGAUGAAGAUACUACACAACUUCUGCAUGUGUUUAAAUAUAGCAAUUUUCUCUGCCUAGAAAACAGAAUAUAGGAUAAAACUAUUUUUAGCUUUUUCUUUUUUGAUUUCAAUUCCAAAGUGUGUUUGUUUAUUCUCCUCUGGAGAAAUCUUAUGUAGAAGGUCCUUGUGCACUAAAAUCUGGUGCUGUGUAAUUAUGUAUUAUCUCCUAUAUGAACAUAAAUACAAUAUAUAUGUCGUUUUCUUUGAGUUCAAUUUAAAUAUCUGUUUUCUA